AUGUCCUCGCACGAGAAAGCGCCCCUCCUCUCGCACCCGCGCUCCGUCGAUGGACGCCCGAAAUACACUCUCGUCAUCCAUGGAGGCGCGGGGACGAUGGACAAGUCGCGUUCGACCCCUGAGCUACGCGCGCAGUACAAGGCUGCACUCGCGCGUGCUCUCCUGGCAGGGCACGCUGUUCUGAGUGCGGGGGGAGAAGCUAUGGAUGCCGCAGUCGCUGCCGUCUCGUCCAUGGAAGACUGCCCACUGUUCAACUCGGGGAAGGGUGCUGUGUUCAACGUUGCCGGGAAGAACGAGCUCGAGACUUCCAUCAUGCUCUCGCGACCUCCCGCAAGCCACCCGAGCAUUCCCCCCACCCGCCGUGGUGCCGGUGUCACGCUCCUCACACAUGCGCGCAACCCGUCCAAGCUCGCGCGCGCCCUGUACCUCUCUCCGGCAGAGGCGCCCCACACGAUGUUCUCUGGCGCAGCUGCGGAGAGCAUUGGUGCCGCUCAAGGGAUAGAACUUGUGGACGAGAGCUACUUCUUCACCGACGCGCGCUGGCGCGAGCAUAGGCGGGGUCUCGGGCUACCUGACGAACCUUCUCCUCAGCCUGGAGAUCACAAGGGUGACAAUUCCUGGGUUCCUCUUGACCAGCUGCCUACCGGGACCGUGGGCGCCGUUGCUCUGGAUGAGCGAGGAUGCAUUGCAUCUGUCACGUCAACCGGCGGACGCACGAACAAGCUUGUGGGGCGAGUUGGCGACACGCCCAUAAUGGGCGCCGGCUUCUGGGCAGAGGAGUGGACUGUCAAGGGAUGGUUCCGCAAAGCAUGGCGCCGUGUGCGAAGGCAGAGCGAGACGGUUGCUGUAGGUGUCAGUGGCACAGGCGACGGCGACUAUUUCAUCCGUCUCGCGACGGGGUCGACUAUCGGCCGACGGAUGAAGUACCUGCACGAGCCUGUCGAACGUGCAGCAAAAGUUUGUGUGGAGGAGCUGCGCCGUGACGGAGGCGUCGGCGGCGUGAUCGCGCUGGACAACGCUGGGAACGUCGCGAUGCCUCUGAACUGCUCCGGUAUGUACAGGGGUGUUGUGCGGGAGGAUGGUGUGCCGAAGACGGCGAUCUUCGACGACGACGAGCUCGACUAGGUCAAUAGCAACAUGCCUUAGUGGCGCCGAUGCAUUUUGGGACAGUUGUCCAUCGGACUGUGAAACUGACACUCAUCCCUCGGGUCUCUGGACAGUGUAAGCAGUCGAGAAAGACGAAG